AGUAAAAAGGAAAAGAAGCUAACCUGAUGUGUCCCUGGUGUUUAAGGUUAUAGGAGGUGGAUGGAAGGGAAGUCUGCAAGGGUAGGGUCUUGAGUUUAGAAAACACUCACCUACAUAGCUGAAGGGAGAAAAAGUCCCUCCUUUCCCAGAAAUCUCUGCACUCUGAUGUCAGAUGUAACGAUUUAAAUUCGUGACUCACCUUUCCCAGCAGGCUCCGGUCCAAGCUUCCACUCUUCCUGCUGCUAAAAACAGAAAUGCGCUGUUGAAAAUAGAAAUGACAUUACUACCAUACUACUGAAUAUGCUAUUGUUCAGUCGGUCUUAUCAACAGUGUCUUUAGUUAGACAUUUGGAAACUUUAGAAAAAAACACUGAAACAAAGUGUCAAAGAGAUAACCAAUGCUCACCGUAACCUCAUCCACUGCUAUUGAAGGAGACAAUAACUUCUAGAGAAAUGAAAGAGACAUUUGGAAAAGUCACAAUUUUACGUUUUCUUCCAACGUACACAUCUCUGGUACACGUAAGGGAUAUUUCUACAGAGUUGGAGUCUUUGAAGUCUUGGAUGAAAGACAGGGGAGCACAUAAAAGGAGUACUGAACUCUUUAUUCUCACAUAUGGAACUCUGGUAGCACAGUUGUGUGAAGACUAUGAAAAGGAUGAGGAUAUCAACAAACAGCUGGAUAAAAUGGGGCGUAACAUUGGCAUGAAGCUGGUCGAAGAUUUUCUGGCUCGAUCAAAUAUUGCACAAUGUCGUAAUUUUUAUGAAACAGCCGAUGUAAUUGCUAAGGUUGCUUUCAAGAUGUACCUUGGAGUGACCCCUCGGGUGACCUUCUGGAGCCAAGCUGGAGAUGAUUGCUCGCUGUUUCUAGAGAAGAAUCCACUCUUGGGCUAUGUGGAAAUACCUGAGAAGCAUUCCUGUUUACUGUACUCCAACAUGAUCUGUGGCAUCUUGAAAGGAGCACUAAAAAUGGUUCGUUUGCAGGUGGAUAUUCAACUACUUCAGGACUUGGUGAAAGAUGACAAGGUAACUGAAAUAAGAAUGAAGCUAAUGAGAAGACACAAGGUUGUUCGUACAGUUGAGAAAGAGCAAAGAUACUGUGGUGACACUUAAAAAAAGUUCAUGUACCCACUGCUAUGUCAAAAUGUUAGAUUGGUCUAGAAAAUGCCAUUAUCCAUUUAAGAGCAUGUUUUACCAUUUACUCUUCAAAGCACCAUCUUUAGCAAUUUCAAGUGGACAAUAAUUAUACAGUCUGAAGAUUGGAAUAUCAUUGAAAGAACUCUCUGAUUAUUAUCGUCUGGUUUGUCUUUAUUUUAUUUAUGGUUUAAUGAUGUAGUAAUAGUGAGGAAGAUCAUGAGUAAAUGCAUACACAACAAUUUAAAAUUAGAAUGUAAAUACUAUGAGUUCAAAUGUACCAGUGAUCAAGAGUUCAGCACUGUGUAAGGUGCUCAAAAAUCACAUUUGUUUAUAUAUAGCUUUACUGUGUCUUGGCUUUAGAAAUCCAUCAGAUGGUUGUGAAGGGAAACUGUGUUAAAAGACUUCAUAGUAAUUGAGGUAAUGUCACCACAAAUGUGUGACCAACUGAAUCAUAAUACAAAUGUCAUUAAUAUGCACAAAGUAUAUACAAUAAUGCACAGACAACAGACUGUAUUAUUGAUGAAGAAUAAGCAACAUUUCCAUGCUCCCUUUGAAUUAUAAAAUGCUCACCUUUAUUAUAAAAAAAACAUGUCUACUUUCACUAUUACUUCUGAAUAACUUACGGAGAAAUUAAUGCUGAGUCUAAAAGGUUUGUAAAUGUGAUUAAAUUUAUUGAGGGCCUUUUUAUUUCCAGUGGAGAGGAUGUGUGAAUUAGCCUGGACUUUUGUGAGGCAGGACUGGUCUCAAGUUUUCUUCCCACUGAGAUAGAACAUUGCCUCCUCACACAUUUACUGGAGUGUUUACCAGAAAUGCUUUAACCAGCAGGGACUAAUUUCAAUAUAAACAGCAGUUAGGAUUUAACAUCUUCUGAUCAGGAAGUCAUUCACUCUUGGUGUAGAGGAAAAGGAUAAUAUUAAUUUCCUUUUGGACCAGCAGCUUUUUAUUACUCACCUCUGCCUCUUAUAUUCCACCUCAAAGUGGUAUUAAAUUGUGUUAAAGCAGAAACCACAUAAGUAGAAAUGUAUUCAAAAACUGUUCUUUCAUGGAUAUACUUAAAUGUCAUGCAGCGACUGGUAUUCCCAAUGUACAAAAUUAAAACCCAGUGUUUUUUUUUAACUGGUGCCAAGCUUAAAAAGGUGUUAGGAAAGGUUAUCAAAAGUGUGGGUAAUGAAGUUUGAAUAUGGUCUUAAGGGAAAAGAGUAAAAUGGAUAUCUUGAUGGAUUUAGGGAAAAAUUCCAAAGUGUGGCACAACUGCUAAUAUUGGGACAAUUUGAGAGUGGAAUUAAAAGAGCAAAAGAGCUUAGUGUGGAUUUGUGGGUUGAGGGAGGUUAUAGUGUUAGAGGGAUAACUGAAGGAUUUUUAAUACAAGGGAAACAAUUUUAAGCUUCAGGUUUUGAGAACAUCAGAGCCAAGAUAGUUCAGUGAGGACACAAGCUUGUAAGCCAAAAUAUGGACUUGACUUUUAGAUAGGAAAGAGAAAAAGGUAAAGGAAUUGGUUGACCUAGGGCUUAGCAAGAGGAAACUGUGGCUCCUCCAAGUUGGGUCCUAAAACCCAGAGAUAAAGAGAGCAAGUCAGGUAGAUGAGAGCCAUACAUGCUUAUGUUCCAUGUCAGCAGAUGGAAUCUAAGAAAACUGAAAAUAUUAUGGCACAUUGUCUUGCUGCAAUUGAAAGAAUCUAGACAUGUGGAGGCAGUUGCAUUGGGUCAGACAACCAUUGGGAGGCAUGAAGGAAGAUGGGAUGUCAAUGGUUCAAAGAAUUCUGGAAGUAAGAGGUUGAGAAGCAAGGAAUAGAGGGAAAAAGAGAGAGAAGAGGAAGAAAAGGAGAUUGAGAGAAAGAGGGAAAGAGAGAAAGAGAGAAGAGAGAAGUUGAUCAUCUGAAAGAGAGACAGGAAACAGGUAUUAAUUUGUAGAAUUGCAUCUUUCGUGACUGGGGUUUCCCAAAGUCAAUGCAACACUUUUAAACCCGUGGUAAACCUUUUAUCUGGAAAUAGUACCAUGAGGAAAAUACACAAUGUCUUUAAAAUAUUCGUGUAAUCCGUAAUCCUUUUUAAGAAUGUUUGGAAGGGACCUUUAAGAAUUUGCAUCAGUUGUAAAAGGAUUGAUUGUAAUUUUCUUUAAUGAUAAGCGAUAAUGAUUCAGUCAAGACAGAAACCAUAUGUUCACACAAAAGACAACUUUGAACAGGAGAACUGAAGGAUGAAGCCAUUCAGCGUCCAGAUGCACUGAGAAAGUGGGCAGAGUCUGAGAGAGGACCUCCAAUCUUGUGUGAAGAGAAGCCAACCAAGUUCUUAUGGAAGGGCUGAUGAAGUGCUUUUGCCUGAAACAUUGAUUCUCCUGCUCCUCCGAUGCUGCCUGAACUGCUGUGCUUUUACAGCAUCACACUCUUACUCUAAUCUUCAGCAUCUGCAGUCCUCACUUUCGCCAAGCUCUCUGGAAAGAUCAGUCUUGUGUUUUGCAGUAAGAAGGAAACAUAAUCUCCUGAGGAAGCAAUGUACAAGUGUGCUGAAAGAGACUGAGUCCUUAAAAAGUGUUCAGAGACACAAAGGAGUUGAGAGAGUGUAUAAGAAGCAAUGAUUGUGACCAGGAUGCUGUCGGUUGACUGGUUGAAAAGGAACUUUGAAAAGCUAUAGCAUCAUGACUAAAAAGAUCCAAAUGAGAGAUACAAAAACAGAAAUUGCUGAGUUUAAUUGUGUUCAGUUCUGAAGAAGGGUCACUGGACCUGAAACGAGAACA